UAUUUAACAUUUUUUCUCCUCCCACUGGAUUUUGGAGUAAAAUAUGUCUUGGACAUAUGUUGACAGUAAUUGUGAUGCCGUUAAGCUGUUAAUAGACCAUCCUAACACAUUCUUUAGAAGGAAUUAAGCCUACGGUAUAUGUGACCUGUAAUCGCGUCACCAUAUUUUACUACAUUUAGAUCAUAUGUGAACAAUAGCAACCAUGAGCAAACGCAUGGUCCAAGUGUUUUUUCACAUACAUGUGCAUGCUAGCUGUUGCAGUUUGUGUGUCUGUGUGCAUAUGUGUGCUUUGUGGAGGCGGGGUGUAUACAAUGCUAUUGGGGCAUGGAAAGGGUGUGUGGGGGUGAAAGUGUGGCCCCUCUGUCAUUGGCUCUGGGCCUAAUGUCACAUUAUGCGUCUCAGUGUGUCUUUGUGAUGCUGAGGAGUAUAAAUACAGCCCUCCCAGUGUCCACACACACUCAUUCCUCCUGCAGACCUACAAACUGAAUCCUCAGAGAAAGAAGCUGCAUUUUAGGUUGACUUUUUAAACUUUAAGCAAGUGGAUUGUUCUUUAGAAGACUGCAAGUUCUCAACCAAGUCUUCCCGGAAACAAUUUUAAGAUGGAUUCUGAUGCAAGCUCCACAUGCAGUCGGUCGUCUUCACCCGAGCUGGCUGUGGACUCCAGCUUUUUCUCCAACAAAGUGUUUCAGGCUUACUGCACAGAUAGAGAAACGGGGCAGCCCAGGUCUGAAAAACCAUCACAGAACACCGGAUCUGGCGGAAAGAGCCCCACACAUGCCGAUCUCUCCAAAGACGACCUGCAAGAUCUACGACUCAAAGUGAACAGCCGCGAGCGCAAACGCAUGCACGACCUCAACCAGGCCAUGGACGGGCUUCGAGAGGUGAUGCCCUAUGCCCAGGGCCCAUCUGUACGUAAGCUGUCCAAAAUCUCCACCCUGCUUCUCGCCAGAAACUACAUCCUCAUGCUGUCCAGCUCUCUGGAGGAGAUGAAGAAGCUAGUAGGUGACGUUUAUGGAGCCAGGGGUCAGAGUCACUCGGCUAGACGGGUUCCAGCUGCUCCGGCAUCCCAGUUACAGCUGCUUUCACUUGCUCCGUCUCUGCACUCUUUGGUGGGCAGCACUCCCCAGCACACCACCAUGCCAACAGUGGGCCAAACCCCUCAUUCUCCACCCUCGGCUGGGUAUUUGGGUUUCCCUGCUCCACCUCUUCCCAGCCUGCUGAAAGACCCUCUGCAUCUCUCCAGCGGAUACAGGCAUUUUCCCGGCAUGCCUUGCCCCUGCUCCCUCUGCCAGCCUCUCCCUGCUUCCACAGCCAGCCUGCACAGCCUCUCCAUGGGGAAGUGAUUCAGGCGAGGGUCAGGCUCCAGGCUGGAGAAGGCCGAUUUUAAAAUACAGACUCAAAAAAAAACUGAAAACAGUUUUUGAAAAAAGUGUUGUAUACUUUGUAAAUGUCAUGUACAGAAUUUCUUUUCAAACAAGCUGCUGCUAUUUUUGUAUCAAAGAAUGUUUUUACUGUUAUAGCGUUUUUGAAUAAUAACUGUAUGAACAUAUGUGCUUGUAUGUUCUUUGUUUGCAAAAUGGCAAUUGAAAAUGUAUAGUUUUGUUUC